AUGGACAGCGGAAACACUCGGCGCCAAAUCGGAAUUCGAAAGAAGCAACUUAUACGUCAAUGCGAUGUGAUGGAGCAGAUUCUUCGAGACUACAACGUACCUGAAAAAGGAGCGACACUAGCGCACCUGACGACUGAAGAAAUCACAGCUUUCAGAGAAGAGCUCACGGACGCACAAGAUCAACUGCUGCAGAUCUAUAUCAAAAUCGAGGAAUUACAUGCGGACCGGUCAAGAGCUCAGGCAAGCGAUCCGAACGAAGAAGAAGUGUUCAGACAAUAUGUGGACAAGUACGGCGACUACACGAAGAACAUUCAAAGAGCUGUUAGUGUACUUGAGAAUGUGGAUGAACUUAUGAAUACAGUCGAUGCAGACUUUGUCAAACGGCACCUUCCAAUACCAAAGAAGCACGACGAUACUCCUAAGCUACCGCACCCGAACGACAAGCAACAAGAAUGGAUAAGACCGAACCAACCACAGACGAACUCGACUUCAACAAUGAAUCUCGUCGAUGCAUCUAUCCUGAGCCGACUGGACCUCCCAUCCUUCGAUGGUAACCUCUUGGAAUAUCCGGAGUUCUUUUCACGGUUUUCAACGCUAAUCGAGAACAAGACGGAGCUAGAUGACACCACCAAAUUCUCUCUCUUAAAGUCAUGCCUAAAAGGACGAGCCUUGCACUCCAUUGUAGGACUCGCACUGAACGCCUCCAACUACCAUAUUGCACUCGACAUCCUGAAAACUCGGUCGACGACAAGGAUGCACUCCUUGACUCGCCAAUUCUGCUCAUACGAGGACGACACGAAAGAACUAGCUCUUGGGGCCAUACUCCUCAAUAAAUUGCGACCUCACGUGCGUAGCAAAGUAUACGACAAGACUGGCAAUUCGCACAAUCUCACUCCCACGGAACUACUCCGCGUCCUCACCGAAGUAGUUCACAAGGAAGCCACGCUCCAAGAAAUAGAAUUUCACUGCAAAAGGACUCAACGUCUCAGAGAAGAUGGGUACGUCAGCCUCCAAAAAUCACCAAAAAAGAAGCUACAAGAAACGAGUCGUCAUUCUGAUCGCACAUUAUGGACGCAAAAAGUCCGCUCGCCACCUAUGGUCAAUAGCAAACCAAGAAGCUGCGUCUUCUCAGACACCGAACAAAGGAGUGCACUUCUAAGCGAUACUGUCAAACAUGCUCGAAACGCCAUCAUACAUCAUUCGUUAUGUUUCCAAAUACCAAGAAGAGAUCGUGAUCCAAGAAAGUUGCCGCAGUCAACACACUCCACUACCAAUAACCGUGAACCAGGAACUCAGCAUGUUCACUUCACGACUGACUUUGAGCAUAAUACAUGUGCGGACAACGACCAAAUCAAACAAGAAGUGGCGGCAACGGCGAAUAAUGCAGUAUCUCACCUGGUAACAAGUUCAUCUACUCCUGUUCUACUGAUGUAUGUGGAAGUUGGUGUUUUUAAUCUCAACUCUCUAGAAAAAACUACAAAAGCAACAGCCUUUCUCAACAGUGGAUCAAGCAAACGCUACAUUUCUACGGAAUUAGCAGCUCUACUCGAACUAGAGAGAACGAAGAAAUCUCUAUGUUCACAUUCGGUACGUUGGAACCAAUACCGCUACCAGCCACACGCCACACAGUCAGAAUCAGAACAAGUAAAGGAUGAGAACAACUGUAUGGACAUCAUAACUACCUCGUCAAAGAGACCAUCAAUCCUUAUUGGAGCAGAUUACUUUUGGAUGGUCAUACUAUCCGAUGAAUUCUAUGUGAAAACUCUACCGAAUGGCUACCAACUAGUACAUUUAUCCGUUGGAGACAUGAUCACAGGAAAACCACUACGAUCAAUGGAGAACAUCGAUUAUUAUCUCGAAUCUCAAGGAAUUCGUGACAAUCCCAUCAGCUCCGACGACGAAUUGUGUCUACGAAAAUUCAAUGAGACAAUAUCGUACGACAACAACGAGGGAAGGUACGUUGUGCAACUUCCAUUCAAGGAAACAAAAAAGAACUUCCAACAAAUAUCCACCUCGUCUAUGCAAGACUCGCACAGAACGUCAAAAUCCUGCAGCUCACACCAGGACUCAUUGAAGAAUACCAUAAGCUCAUCCAAGACCAACUUGCAAGAAGAAAUAAUAGAAGAGCUGCAUAACACCCAACCGGCAGCCGGAUGCCAUUACUUGGCACACCAUGCUGUAAUCUCGGAAGGAAGUAAAACAACAAAAAUCCGUUGUGUCUACGAUGGCUCAGCCAAGAUGAAGAACAAUCCCAGCCUGAACGACCUGUUGUUCAGAGGACCAGUUUUGCUACCAGAUCUUACAGGACUACUUCUUCGCAUUCGUACGACUCCCAUCAUCAUCGCGAGUGACAUAGAAAAGGCAUUCUUGAUGAUUGGUCUGGAUGAUGAAAGUAAGGAUUUUACACGGUUCCUUUGGCCAAAAGAUCCUCAUAAACCUCUCGAGCCAGAAAACGUCGCCACCUAUCGAUUCCGAAGAUUCAAUUCAUUUGGCUUAGUGGUUUCUCCUUUUCUGUUAGCAGGAACAAUGCGAUACCAUCUUAUGAUGACAGAAACCCCUUUGGCAAAGGAACUCAUACGAAACACCUACGUUGACAACAUCUUCUACGGAGUCGGAACGAUCGAACAAGGUCUGAAAUUCUACAGCGAAUCCAAGCAGCUCUUUCAACAAGCAGGAAUGAAUCUACGACAGUACGAUGACCAAUUCUUGAUCAAACUUCCAAAGCUGCCGAAUUCCGACAUAACAUGGAUUAAACGACAAGUACUCAAAGUCGUAGCUAGCGUCUACGAUCCACUAGGUUGGUGCUCUCCCGUUCUCUUAACAAGCAAACUGUUCUUACAGUCACUAUGGAAAGAAAAACUAGGAUGGGAUAAAGCAUUGCCACCAAAUCUAGUCACUGCAUGGAAAGAGAUCACGACAAACGGGACUACGGGAAAAAUCACAAUUCCGCGGAAAAUACUGACAGGUUUGAAAUCAACGUCGACGUUCGAAAUUCAUGUUUUUACCGACGCCUCAAAGAGCGGACACUGCGCUGUGGUAUACCUCAUCGAAAUUACCAGUAAGAGAACAAGUACUCUACUCGUGUCCAAAACACGUUUGUCACCACUAAAAUCCACUCUGACGAUACCACGACUUGAGCUAUCCGCCAUCGCACUGGGUGCGAAAUUGCUGAAGCAUAUUCGCUUGAAUCUCGAUAUCACAAUAGAGCAGACCUUCAUAUGGUCCGAUAGCAACGUAGCGCUAACAUGGACAAAGAGCAAAAAUAGCCUUUCGCUAUUCAUUCAGAACCGGAUAAAGAGCAUCAAGGAAAAUGCCACCGAUGCCAUACUACGAUUCGUACCAGGCGAUAGCAACCCUGCCGAUGUCUGA